AUGUCAAUAGUUGGUGCGCUUCAAUACCUGACUAUCACUCGUCGAGAUCUUUCAUAUGCAGUUAAUCAAGUUAGUCAAUUUUUUCUUGCUUCUACUACUGAUCAUUUUCAAGCUGUUAAGCGGAUUCUACGAUAUGUCAAGAGUACUAUUUCCUAUGGUUUGCAUUUUCAACAUCCAAAAACAUCUUCAUUGCUUGGAUACUCUGAUGCUGAUUGGGCCAGAUGCGUUGAAACUCAACGACCUACCUAUGGACACUCCAUUUUUCUUGAUGGAAAUCUGAUUUCUUGGAGUGCCAAGAAACAACCCACCGUUUCUCGUUCUAAUUGUGAAGCGGAGUAUCGUGCUAUAGCAAAUACAACAGCUGGAAUCGUUUGGGUUAUCAACUUGCUUCGUGAUCUUCAUGUUGUCCCUACUGUUGUGCCUACUCUUUUAUGUGAUAAUAAGAGUGCCUUAUUCCUCAGUCAAAAUCCAAUCUCUAAGCGAGCCAAACACAUUAACAUAGAUUAUCACUUUGUUCGUGAACUUGUUGCUUCUGGUAAGUUGAUCACCCGGUACAUUCUCACUCAUCUACAACUAGCCGAUAUCUUCACCAAGAGUCUUUCACGACCUUCGUUUGAGCUUUUUCGUGCCAAGCUUCGUGUUGGACCUCCUCCUCUCAGCUUGAAGGGGUGUUACGCAUUCCAAACUUGCCCUUAUACAUCCGUGGUACAAACAACCAAGGCCACACACACCGUUACGGUUAAGAGUAACUCGUUGGCACACACAAAGGAAAGGGUUUUAUCCAUUAUAUCUAUCCAUCCAUCUCCCGCUUUCUGUCUCACUUUCCGUCCACCCCUCGUUUCUUCCAUUGACGCCAAGAUGAAUGUAGAAAAGCUACAGAAGAUGGCUGGUGCAGUUCGCACUGGUGGGAAGGGUAGUGUUAGAAGAAAGAAGAAGGCUGUGCAUAAAACAACUACAACAGAUGACAAAAGGCUACAAAGCACUUUGAAAAGAAUAGGAGUAAAUGCAAUACCAGCAAUCGAGGAAGUUAACAUUUUUAAGGAUGAGACAGUUAUUCAGUUCUUGAACCCUAAAGUUCAAGCCUCAAUUGCUGCCAACACUUGGGUUGUUAGUGGUUCUCCACAAACAAAGAAAUUGCAAGAUAUUCUACCUGGCAUUCUCAACCAGUUAGGACCUGAUAAUUUGGAUAAUUUGAGAAAAUUAGCAGAGCAGUUUCAGAAGCAAGCACCAGGGGGUGGUGAAGGCACUGCUGCUGCAACAACACAGGAUGAUGAUGAUGAUGAUGAAGUUCCAGAGCUUGUUGCAGGUGAAACUUUUGAAGCUGCAGCUGAGGAAGGACAAAAAUCAUAGGACUUUUCAAGUGGACCAGAUUACCCUUUACAUUUCCAGUCUUUUGUGUUCCCUUUUUUUAUUUAUAAAGAAAAGAAGAGGAACAUGAAAGAUGAUUUGUCCUUUGUUUGCUUUUAGACUUGUCAUGCAACCAACGGUUUGCUGUUGAAAUUCUCUAUAUAUUUGCUGUUUGUAUUAUCGAGUUAUCUAGUUCUACAUUUCAGAAAUGAUAUUUUAAAAAAUAAAUUGGAUAAUUAGGAAAUGGAACUGAAAAAAUAAUAAUAGGGUAAAUUUGUAAGAGCUUGGGACUUCAUGGGGAAACUCUCCUUUCCUUGACUUAAUGGCGUUCCCUUAAUCAAAAAAGAAAC